AUGAUUGCUACGUCAUUGAGGCUCUGUGUUCCCAUGAUGGCUCCUCAAGCCAAUGCAAGCCAUGUUGCUAGCUUGAAGCAAUUCCAUGCAUUGUACUCCAUAAAUGCAAUGGAGAUUCGAAUAUCUAUAGGUUUUACAGGUGAUUUACAGCACGAAAAGGCCUUUCGCCGGUGCAAGUCUCCAUCACCAAAUAUUAGUCCAUAUAAGUCAGUGGCGGAGACGCCCGCUGAAGAGAGCACGUUUUAUCUGGAUCUACCCCAAAAGUCUAGAACAAAAACAAGGGUCCCCCCUAGACAUCCCCCAGAAACCAAUCAUAUUCGAUCGUGCACGGGCCCUGAGGUUGUUUGA